AUGGUAAGCAUGGCCCCGGCUGGGCCCCCUCCCCGCCCCCCCCUCACCCCUCUGCUUGCCUUGCAGACGGACCAGCAGGCGGAGGCCCGCUCCUACCUCAGCGAGGAGAUGAUUGCGGAGUUCAAGGCCGCCUUCGACAUGUUCGAUGCCGACGGGGGUGGCGACAUCAGCACCAAGGAGUUGGGGACGGUCAUGAGGAUGUUGGGCCAGACGCCCACCAAGGAGGAGCUGGACGCCAUCAUAGAGGAGGUGGACGAGGAUGGCAGCGGAACCAUCGACUUUGAGGAGUUCCUGGUGAUGAUGGUGAGGCAGAUGAAGGAAGACGCCAAGGGGAAGUCGGAGGAGGAGCUGGCUGAAUGCUUCCGCAUCUUUGACAGGAAUGCCGAUGGGUUCCUGGAUGCUGAGGAGCUGGUGGAGAUCUUCCAGCUCUCUGGGGAAAGUGUCACAGAGGAGGAGAUCCAGGAGCUGAUGAGGGAUGGAGACAAAAACAACGAUGGGCGGAUCGAUUUUGACGAGUUCCUGAAGAUGAUGGAGGGUGUGCAGUAAAGCGCCAAGACAUUCCUGCAAGACCGGCCGGCGGGAGGGGGCAGCCCCCCCCAGCCCCCCCAAGCUCCCAAGGCCCAUGCUCCUGCGCCAGCUUCCUCUGCACAGCUCAGAGACGCCUCUUCAGACGGACUCUCGAUCCCAUCGCCCCCCGCUGUGAAAGCCUGUUUUUAACACCGACACCUCA